AUGACGCCAUCUUUCAUUGGAAACCUUACUGAUUUUUUGGCUUGUUCGGCAGGCAAGAAACGAUUGUCCUUGAAGCUUGGAUCUUCUUUCUUUCUCUUUGGACUCAUAAACAAUGUACUCUAUGUCAUCAUACUUUCGGCUGCGCUUGACCUCGUCCCUCCGUCAACACCCAAGGGCAUAAUUGCCUUUUGUAAUAUUGCUCCAGCCUUAAUUGCGAAGCUCGGGUGGCCGUACUUUCUCAAAGGUCGCAUACGUUAUGCCCGACGCAUUGUCGGCUGCUGCACGUUAAGCUUUAUAGGCAUGCUGGUCGUUGCCUUCCAUGAAAGCCUGUAUUCGAGGCUGCUGGGAAUAUGUCUCGCAUCGUUUUCGUCGGGUCUGGGAGAAAUGACCUUCUUGCAACUUUCGACAACAUACAGCCGCUCGGUAGGAGGUCGAAGUGUUGGGUACUUCGCCUCAGGUACUGGAGCUGCAGGUAUUGUCGGAGCAUUCAUGUGGUGGGAACUCAGGGGACUGGGUAUCAGUACUGGUGUUGGCAUCUCGGCGGUUCUCCCAUUCAUCCUUCCUCUAGCAUACUUUUUUCUGCUCCCCCGUCCAGCAGCAUUCGUCCAUCAGUCAUUUUCUGCGUCAUACACGCUCGUCCCUGCAGACGACCUCGAGACUGAAAUUGAUGAUCUGUCUCAAGAUGACGUAGAAUCUCGCGUAGAGCCCAAGGUUACCGUCAGCUUAUCAGCCGCGGAUAAAUGGCGUCUAGUCAAACCGAUGCUAUUGAAGUAUAUGCUUCCACUAUUUUGCGUUUAUACUUUCGAGUAUACUAUCAAUCAGGGUGUCGCACCGACUUUAUUAUAUCCCGUUCCGUCACAUGGUCUCAUUAGCAAGAUUAUUCAUUCCGUCCGCGACUACUAUCCACUUUGGCAGCUAGUCUACCAAACCACGGUCUUUUUCUCUCGUUCAAGCAUAUCUCUGGGCUUGAAAACCCUUCCGGCCCGUCUCCUCCCUGCUCCGGCCAUCAUCCAGUUCGUGAUACUGCUUCUGCUAGUUCUCGAAUCCGCUGUCGGGCUACUUCCGGAAGAUCGUGAGGGGGGAAGUAUAUUCCUGGUUUUCAUGCUCAUCAGCAUUGAAGGCGUGUGCGGCGGUUUGGCAUACGUCAACGUGUUCUAUCGUAUCAAUCAAGAGCAACCGGAUCCGGCCUCAGCGCACAAUCCUGAGAUCACAAAGCAAGAGCGGGAAUUUAAGAUAGGUUCUAUUGGUUUUGCCGAUAGCUCGGGGAUUUUACUAGCUUCGAUUCUCGCUGUACCAACAGAAAUGGAGCUUUGUAGAGCGCAAGUUGCAAGGGGCAAGUACUUAUGUCGGGGGCUCUAG